AUGGUCGAGCCCACGUCGUUGAUGCAGCUUCCAAGGGACGUUAUGCUGCUCAUUCUAGAAUGUCUUGACGAUGUACAAAACAUCCUCCAACUGAGUCAAGUUUCCAAGAGCUUCCAUGCCCUCGUUCACUCGGUGUCCGUCUCCUACAUCCUCUAUGCCGCCGCAAGUAAGGAUAUUCCACUCCAGGAUCCAAGAUCUCUAGCAGCGAGCGAACCGACGGACGACAUAUUGAGAGGUCGACUCAAAGACUGCUUCCAGUUCCACGCUGCGUGGUCUCAAAGCGCCGCCCCUUCCGUAUCCACUUCAGUGGUCAGGAUGCUGCCGAUAGAAGCUGGAAUAUGCAUGAUCAGGGUGCUACCCGGUGGUCGCUUCAUCGUUGUAAUAGACUUUGAGGAACAGGCCACUUUUUACCGUAUUUCCACCGGUGAAAAGGUCGCUCAUCAAGGCUUCAACGAAGUAUGUACACCCGAGAUUAUCUACAGCAUAGACUUUGCGGCCAAGUCACGUUCAGAGGUCAUCUGGGGUGUUUUGACAUCUGACACAAACCCCGGAAACGAUAAUGCAAUGCUGUGUGCGCGAGUAUUUGUUAUCACGAUGCCUGAGCCAGAAGACACAGACCAAGCGCUGCGAUUUGAAAAGAAAUUGCAAUAUAGAUUCAUGGGGAGUGCAGAGAUGCUGUCCAUUUCGAGCGAAAUCGUGAGCUUGUACACCUACAAGCAUGGGAGAGAGUCACCCGAACUCUUGGUCUGGGAUUGGGUCACCGGUCGACAGGCGGAGCACUCAAUACUCUGGGAUGUACUCAGGGACGACGGCCGCUACGCGGGCCAUCCCUCUCUCCACUCCACUCCCUCGGCCAUAUUUCUCGUAGGUGGCCUGCUUGGGUGGCACCGCUUACACCCAGUACAAACGAUGGACACUGGUGACUCUUGGGGUUACAACAGAGCCACUCAGGUGAAAUCCCCAAGGGAAGAUGCCGAAUUCCUUCGAUACUCCUCACAAGGACGAUGUUCAAAGCCAUGGUGGAAUGUGAAGCGUUCUUGGCACAGACUCGUUAGCUACCCAUCUCAUGGUGAUGAUCUAGCCAGACCGAUUAAGAUAUUUAGCUUCGAGGUGCCCAAUUCUCCGGAAGAUAAAGAGGCGCGACGGUAUCAUAUAGAGUUGGAGGAGAAGACGCUCGUCAUUGCAGGGUUUGAAAGCUCCCCACAGCUAUAUCACUCUUCCAGAUUCGGUUCCAAAGCUCUCUGGUUAUCGACUCCAGAAGACGCACCCGAAGAUGACACGACUCAUAUUACGGUCCAAUCCGUCUCCCUUCCUGCAUUUGAAAAGGGCUUGAAUGGCGAGAAACAUUCUAGAAUCAAGGAGAUCAUCCUAGACCCAAAGAUCAACAAGGCGUCCAUUCGAGCGUUUGACGUCGACGAGACUGUUCCGCUCAUUGCUUUCGCAGAAGCAAACAAAUACAAGGAUCAUGACGACCUCGAGCUCAUGAUAUCUCUUAGGAUAACUUCAUCUCGAUGGCUCAGAAAGGCUACGCCGCCUACACCGCAUCCCAAGGCCAUCAGACUCCACAGACGGAGCAGUAUCAAGGAGAUCAGAGCCAGCAACAAAGCCAAGGAACCCUUCCAGGCAUGUCUACUUCUCCGCACAAAGAUUCCUCUAACACGCUUCAGUCGACCACCACCAAGCAACACAGAUCGCAAACAGCUCAUCGGGAAGCUCAGGAAACAGCGAAUUGUUCUCUCAAGCAAUGGCAUUCUUAAGCGGCUCAACGAGACGCAUGUCACGGACGCACACAAAGAGGUCUAUGACAAAGGAAACGGCUCCAAUGUCGAUGCAUCGUCCAUCGGGAGUGCUGCGGCGCUUCAAGUCCUCAAAUCAUUCAUGUCCUCGCAAGGCAACAACAGCGACGGCAGUACCGCACAUUCUGGAGGAGAUUUCCAGACGAAGAUGAUAGGAAUGGCAAUGUCAGAGGCUGCGACCAUGUUUGACAAGACUGGCAAUUCGGGGGACAAGCAAGACGCCGUCAACGGUGCGGCUGCGACCAUGUUCAAGCUUUUAGUGCAAUCCAAGUUGAGCGGAAGUGGCCAAGGAAGCGACCUUACGAGCCUUAUGGGUGGCAGCAAUAGCGGCGGGUUGGGCCAGCUUUUGAACAUGGCAUCCCAGUUCACCAAGUAG